GGGAAUAUAAAUAGCACCCACAGCGCAGAGCAGAGGGCGGGAGAGCUUGGAGGAAGGAGGAGCAGAUCCUCAACCAUGAGCUCCAGCCAGCCAGGGGCCUGCCCAUGCCAGUGCGCUGCAGUGCGCCCAGCCAUUCUGUAUGCGCUUCUGAGCCCCAGCCUCAGGGCCAGGCCCUCUGAGCCCCCCACCCCUAGGCACUGCCUCUGCAGGCAGCACCGGCCUGUCAGGCUGCGUGCCCCCCAUCGCACCUGCCGGGAGGCCUUGGACGUUCUUGCCAAGACAGUGGUCUUCCUCAGGAACCUGCCGUCCUUCUGCCAGCUACUCCCCCAGGAUCAGCGGCAGCUGCUGCGGAGCUGCUGGGGCUCCCUCUUCCUGGUUGGGUUGGCCCAAGACACUGUGACCUUCGAGGUGGCGGAGGCCCCAGUCUCCAGCAUACUCAAGAAGAUCUUGCUGGAGGAGCCUAGCAGCAGUUCAGGCACUGGCCAGCGGCCGGACCGGCCCCAGCCCUCCUUUGCUGCAGUACAGUGGCUUCGGUGCUGCCUGGAGUCCUUAUGGAGCCUGGAGUUGGGCCCCAAAGAGUAUGCCUACCUGAAAGGGACCAUCCUCUUCAGCCCUGACAUGCCAGGCCUCCAGGCCUCCUCCCACAUCUGGCAGCUGCAGCAGGAGGCUCAUCAGGCACUGUGUGAGGUCCUGGAAUCCUGGUGCCCAGCAGGCCAAGGUCGUUUGGCUCGUGUCCUGUUCACAGCCUCCACCCUCAAGUCCAUUCCUCCCAGCCUGCUUGGGGACCUCUUCUUUCACCCUGUCAUUGGAGAUGUUGACAUCGCUGGCCUCCUCGAGGACAUGCUUUUGCUGAGUGGACCUGCUCCAGUCCAAGCAGAGGUCAGCUGUAGCUUGGGCAGAAUUUGGAAGCACUGAUUUGGCCAAACUGCCUGCAAGGGUGACUCAGUGCCCCCAGAGCGGGCAGGCCUGUGCAGAUGGUACUUGGCUCCCUAGGAGCAAGUUGGCCCUGGCCCAGCCAGAUGGGCUCUAUGGGCCCUCACUCAGCCACACCCUGUCUUGGCCUUCCUUGGUUUGGCACAGGGCUCCAGCUGUCUGGCUGGCCCUUGGUAGUCCCCAUAUUUUCUGGUCCAAGACUCCUGUCCUCUCUUGAGAUGGGGAUGGAAGCUUAGACUGCUCAUUGGAUAAGACGUCCUACUGGCUUUGUACAGAACUGACUUAACUUAUUAGUUUUUAUAAUAAAAUGUUUUACACCCUUGGAGCAUGACACUGUAGUUUGUGCAUGUAGAAGGGACCAUCUGACCUCGGUCUCCAGCCUCCAGCCUCCAGCUCCCAUCAGAGGCAGAGAAAGGAACCAUAAGGGAUGCAGGAGCUAGGCCUCAGAGAAAUGGGAUAUUAAUUUUCAGAAUCGAGUGAUGAUUUCAUUUCUGGGGAUGAGAUUUAUUUUGCAUGGGUCUGAAUCCAGUUCAGAGCCCCAUCAUCUCCUUGACUUUAUCUUUGGGGGAAAGAGGUUUCUCUUUGUCCCCAAGCCCCUCACCGACCCCUCCCUCAGCUCCUGCCUCCUACAGGCUCCCUCUCACCUCAGUGAGAGUUAGAUCACAGACAGUAGGGGAAACGAAGCAGCCCAUUCCAAAUCUUAAACAGGCAAGGUCCCUGAAAUUUAUGCUGUUUGGCAUCAUUCACUUACCCCAAGCCUGCAGCCAAGAGAAAAGGAUGGUCCAUUAUUCUCCUAAUGGGAGGGGGCGAGGACACCCACGGCCGGCCUGGGAGCUGUUCAAAGGCCAAGGCAAGCAGAGGUUUAGCUGCCGCAUUAGCUGUUAAAGUCUGAAGCAGCCCUGGCUGGCGUGGCUCAGUGGAUUGAGCGCCAACCGACAGGUUGCAGGUUCGUGUCCCAGUCAGGGCACAUGCCUGGGUUGCAGGCCAGGUCCCCAGUAGGGGGCGCGUGAGAGGCAAC